UAAAAUUAUACUUUUUUCUAAUAUUAGAAACAUGAAGGAAAUUUUGAUCCCAAAAGAUUAACAUAGGUCUAUUAAGUCUGUUGCUCAACAUUAUUCAGCAUUUGUAAAUUAUGUCAUGGAAAAAAACAACUUAUUUUUCAGGAGGAUAUGCUGAGUCAUCAUGAACUACUGUAGAUGAACCACAUGAACAACAGCAUAUAGAUAAUUAACAUUCUUUGGACAGUGUAACAACUUCAAGUUUGAAGAACUCUGCCUGUGCAGCAUCUGACAUAUAAUCAUGGUUAAGGCAAAGACGUGGAUCCUUAAAAAACACUUUGAUGGCUUUCCUAAGGAAAGCAACUUUGAACUGAAAGAAGAAGUUCUGCCAGAGCUUCAAGAUGGAGAUGUGCUUGUGGAGGCAGUCUAUUUAAGUCUUGAUCCAUAUAUGAAAUCUCUGAGUAAAAUGUGGAUAAAAGAGGGGGAUGUGCAAUAUGGAACUCAGCUUGCAAAGGUAGUGAAGAGCAAGGACCCAGCAUUUCCCGAGGGAUGUUACGUGGUUGCUAACUGUGGAUGGAGGACACACUCUGUAAUCACAGCGAAGGGUCCAGCCCGGCCCAUCAUGACCCGGAUAGUAUCUGAAUGGCCCAGUGAUAUUUCAAUGUCCCUGGCUCUUGGUUCCUUGGGGAUGCCUGGUUUAACUGGUCUGUAUGGCCUGGAAGAGGUGUGUAAGAUACAGUCUGGUGAGACGAUUCUGGUGAGUGCAGCAGCAGGUGCUGUAGGUGCGAUGGUGGGGCAAAUCUGCAAGAUUAAAGGCUGCAAGGUUGUGGGAUCAGCAGGAGGUGAUGACAAGGUGGCAUACCUGAAAGAGUUGGGCUUUGACCAGGCCUUCAACUACAAGACUGUCCCCUCACUGGAGGAAGCACUGAAGAACGCUUCACCUGAAGGAUAUGACUGCUACUUUGAGAGUGUGGGAGGGCCCUUCUUUACCGCAGCACUCAAAAACAUGAAGCCUGGAGGUCGUAUCGCUGUCUGCGGUGCAAUAGCCACUUACAAUGACACAACACCACAGAUGUGUCCUUAUCCUCACCAUGAAAUAAUUACACGACAACUGAAGAUAGAAGGAUUUAUGGUGAGCUCUUGGCAACACAAAGAUGAAGAAUCUGUCAAGAGAAUGCUUAAAUGGAUGAAAGAGGGCAAACUGAAGGCAAAGGAAGUGGUCACUGUUGGCUUUGAGAACAUGCCAGCUGUCUUCAUAAGGAUGCUGAAGGGCGAUGGACUUGGGAAAGCUAUUGUUAAAGUCUGA